AUGACAAUGGAUGCAAAAUAUAUCGAAGGCGUCGUUCGGGUGCCGCUGUCGCAGUUUGUUUCUGAAGAUGACCGCCGUGCAGCCAGUGGCAUUCUUAUCUCCGGGUUUGAAGGCGUACUCCAGAACCUAAAGCACCAACUGACCGGGUACAUCGACCAGAGAAUCCAAGCUAGAUUGCUAAAUAUUCUCAAAUUAAAUGCCGCCGAAUUCAGAAGAAUCUCUAAUUCAGAGGCCAUCUGCAGCAUUGCGAGUCGAGAUAUCUGCUGCGUGGUGAAUGGUGGUGUUUUGCAAGCUGCAAAAGAAUUGCAUGGAACGGAUGAAUCGUUUGAGUGCACAGUGCACAUGUGCUGCCUUCCGCCGCCGCAAUCUAAAAAAAUAUCUGACGGGGACAUUUUCCAAAAUGUUCGUUACUUUGCAACACAACGGCGUUAUGAUAUUGCGCAACAAUGGAUAAAUAUACUAUCUGCACCUAAAAGACGGCAUUUAACGUUUAUUUUUGAUCGCCCAGUUAUUAUGGACUCACUAGAUCGACUACUGUGUUAUCCAGGACUGUGGGCUGGCCUUCAAUUAGGAAAUUGGGCAAAGCAUCUCGCCGCACAUGUGGACAAAUGCAUUGUGAACUACCUAGAAUAUAUUAAUUCCUCGUAUGAGCGAAUAUUCAGUGGACAUGAAGAGUCGAAACAUCUACUAGACGAAUCAACUGUUUAUCAGCUUCAGAAUUUGACUCCGGCAUGGUGCAAUAACGAUCGGCUUUAUAUCCAGGAGGCAUUUCGAAAGAAAAUUAUAUUUAAAUCUAUCGAGUCUGAAGAGAUAUUAACAAGGCUGGAGCAGAACCUCCUUUCCUUCCCAGGAAUCAUUCCGAGCAUACAAACAUUUCAUCAGAAUAUGAAGUAUCUUACGAUUGGUGUUAAAAUUUUGGAGAAGUAUGUUGAGGUAAAACCGCCAGCGGGAAAAAAAAGCGACAUAACAAGGACAAAGCCAGAUUUGUUCGAUAAUUUGAGUCGAGAUUGGUUUGUUGAUAAGGCUGCGAAAAGUUUGCAAACUGAUCAUGAAAAGUUCAUCGCCCCGGCUGUGGUAAACGCACACGGGUCUGUCGCACAGUUACUUGUAGCGGCACUUCGUUAUUUUCCGCUGCUCUCUUCGGAGGGACCGCUUCAAGAUUUUCGCGGUGAAUGUGAAGCCCCGCUCGUCUCUAGCGACUAUAUCAAGUUGCUUUGCCAAACAGCGUCACAGUUGGGCUUUGAUAAUGAGAAAAUCAGAAAACACGCCGGAGACGUUCAGAUCGAUUAUCGCCAAUACGAAAAGCCUUUUGCCAGAAUGAGAUGGCGCUCCGGCAAGCCGCCCUUCUAUUCAUUUACGUUACUUUAUAACCAGUCUUUUAUGCUGCGUCUGUUCGGGAAGCCGUUUGGGCCAUCUACUGUUCCAAGUCCCUUGUGCAUUCAGAGCAACAUUUUACGCUCCUUUUUCGGUUUCUAU